AGAAGGCGGUGGGUGGCUGGAGAAGGAGGGAGAGGCAGAGAGGGAGGCGGGCACAGAAGGAGAAGGAGGAGGGCGAAGGGAGGGAGGAAGAGAAGGAGAGAAGCUGGCUGCCUGUAGCCCUGGAACGACCGUCUCAUCUCAAGCAGAGUGGAAGCAAUUGGAGCAGCCGGGCUGCCUGCCUGGACGCCGGGCUCCCUUCCCGUCUCUGCCAGAGGAAGGGCAGGAGGAGGACGAGAACAAACUCAACCAGCCAGCCGGUCUCUGGUUUCUGCUGGGCUUUGGAAGGGAGGUUGGCUCCUGCGCCCUGGCUAGGCCCAGUGCAUGAGCAGAGGUCUGUUCCUGGCUGCAGCCCUGUGCCCAGCCCCAGCCCCCAACUCUGGGCACCAUGUCUGGCUCCUAUGAUGAGGCCGCACCUUCAAUGGAGGAGAUCACAGACAGCUUCUGGGAGGUGGGAAACUACAAGAGGACGGUGAAGCGGAUCGAUGAUGGCCACCGGCUCUGCAACGACCUCAUGAGCUGCCUUCACGAGCGAGCUAAGAUCGAGAAGGCCUACGCCCAGCAGCUCACAGACUGGGCCAAGCGCUGGCGCCAGCUCCUCGAGAAAGGCCCACAGUAUGGCAGCCUGGAGCGUGCGUGGGGUGCCAUCAUGACAGAGGCUGACAAGGUGAGCGAGCUGCAUCAGGACGUGAAGAACAGCCUGGUCAAUGAUGACCUGGAGAAGGUGAAGAACUGGCAGAAGGAUGCUUACCACAAGCAGAUUAUGGGCGGCUUCAAGGAGACUAAGGAGGCUGAGGACGGCUUCCGGAAAGCGCAGAAACCCUGGGCCAAGAAGAUGAAAGAGCUGGAGGCGGCGAAGAAGGCCUACCACUUGGCCUGCAAGGAGGAGAAGCUGGCCGUGACCCGGGAGGCCAACAGCAAGGCAGAGCAGUCAGUGACCCCGGAGCAGCAGAAGAAACUUCAGGACAAAGUGGACAAGUGCAAGCAGGAUGUACAGAAGACCCAGGAGAAAUACGAGAAGGUGUUGGAUGAGAUCGGCAAGUCAACGCCCCAGUACAUGGAAGGCAUGGAGCAGGUGUUCGAGCAAUGCCAGCAGUUCGAGGAGAAGAGGCUGGUGUUCCUGAAGGAGGUGCUCUUGGAUAUAAAGCGCCACCUCAACUUGGCAGAAAGCAGCAGUUACAUCAAUGUGUACCGUGAGCUGGAGCAGACCAUCCGGGGGGCCGAUGCCCAGGAAGACCUCAAGUGGUUCCGAAGCACCAGUGGGCCCGGCAUGCCCAUGAAUUGGCCCCAGUUUGAGGAGUGGAACCCAGACCUCACCCAUACCAUCACCAGGAAGGAGAAACCGCCCAAGAAGAACGAGGGUGUGACCCUGACUAAUACCUCGGGGGUGGUGGAGUCUAUGGCCCAGGCUGGGGACCGUGGCAGUGUCAGCAGCUAUGACCGAGGCCAGCCAUAUGCCGCUGAGUGGUCUGAUGAUGAGAGUGGAAAUCCCUUCGGGGCGGGUGAGGCCAACGGGGGUGCCAACCCCUUUGAGGAUGAUGCCAAGGGUGUGCGUGUUCGGGCACUCUAUGAUUAUGAUGGGCAGGAGCAGGACGAGCUCAGCUUCAAAGCAGGAGAUGAACUCACCAAACUGGGAGAAGAAGAUGAGCAGGGUUGGUGCCGAGGUCGUCUGGACAGCGGGCAGCUUGGCCUCUAUCCCGCCAACUAUGUGGAAUCCAUCUAACUGUGUCUCCCCAUCCCCCAUCACCCCACCUCAUGCCUUUCCCCUCUAUCCCUCCCGGUCUCCCUUCUCCCGCCAUCUAUACCCUUCAUCCCUUGCCGACCCUCUUCCGUCUUCUAUCCUUUCUGGUCCACCCUCUUCCACAGUCAGUCCAUUCCUCCUCCUGCCCCGGCUCCAUAGAGUUCCAGACAUAUUUUCCAAUCAAGCUUUUAUUUUUUUAAAAGUCGUCUUGGGAAGAAAAAAAAAUAGAAAAAAAAGAAAAACAAAGAAAAACCAGAAACAAGCAUUCGAAAUAGCACCAUAGAGUGGGGGCAGGGAAGGGGUAGGGUUGGGGAAGUAAUCCUCCCGCAGGUGAGGGGCCACAGCCUCAGCCAGCAAUGUUGGCAAGGGCUCUUGGUCUUCAGAGCUCACCAAAGAGGUCUGUAUCUCUGUGCCCUUCAGAAGUCUCCCAAGACCCCCUCCUCCAGAAUCCUUGACCUCCAUCCAUUCUCCUCAGGCUGGCUCACAGAAUGGCAGAGCUGGAAGGGA